AUGAUGAAACCAUGGAACAUGAACCAACUACUAUUGGAUUCGAUUACCAAGUGAGUGACAAUGACAAUGAAGAUAACUUUGGAGAGGAAACAAGUUCCGGAUCUUAUUUUCAGACAAAUCAAAAUUCCGAAGAGAAUGAAGAUUUGGUUACGG